AUGGUGAAUAACUUAGCGAAUGGUGUAAAUAUUUCGACGGUCAAAAGCAAGGAUGAGUUACCGAACUCGAUUAUCGUCACGCAGGUGCCUGAGGAGGUAUUCACCAGUCCUGAAUCAAAAGAGAAUUUCUGUCAAUUGUUCACGCAGAUCGAAGAGAACAUUCAUUUUGAUUUCUUGAAAAGUUUUCGACGUGUUCGAGUUAUUUUUAGUACGCCUGAAAGUGCAACAGCGGCAAAACUCAUUGUACAAGGGUUCUCGUUUCAUGGACAUGAGAUGAAAGCCUUCCUUGCGCAGCGAGUUAUUCUUCGACGUUCUUCAUCAUUGCUAUCUCCACCUCCGCUUGAAAAACAAUUUCUCAUAUCUCCUCCGUGUUCUCCGCCUCUUGGCUGGUCACAAACGAAGGAAAUGGCCCCAGUUAUUUGUAAUUUCGAUCUGAUGGCACGGCUGGCAUCAUUUGCUCUUGAAGACAAAUACGAAGUUCACAACGGUGACGAGAGUACGCCAGCAAUUGUUGUGCAUCCUUGUGAAACUCCUCUAGACGCGCCGUCCAGCAUAGAAAUGCCUCGUACACCAAGGCCGUCAUCUCCUCCAACUCCUCCGUGA